AAUUCGAUAAAUUUAGGAUGGACCACCUUACAAAUGUUAUUCAGUCUUUCUAUGCCGGAAAUAUAGCUCCAACUUUGCAAAUGGUUUACAAGAAGUUUAUGGAAGAUGUUAAACAAGAAGAAGAUGGCCGUGUUUCAAAUGGAGAAAAUAUAGUACAAUUUAAAUGCUCUAAGUGGUCUCUGCGAAAAAUCAUUCGACAGUUAGGCUUUCGAUUUAAGCGGAUAAAUAAUCGUUCUGUGAUUCUCCUUCGCGUUGAUAUUGCUGCUAAACGAUGGGAUUAUCUUGAAAUAAUGAAACGAAACAGAGAAUCAGAUAACCCCAAAUGCGUAAUUUUCACCGAUGAGACCUGGAUAGAUCCGCACGCAAGAACCGGUAAAGGGUGGGUAAUUAGCAAGCCCAAAACGUUUGAAGAAGCUGCAAAGUAUUCUUACAAAAAUCCAAAAGUGUCAAGAGGGCCGAGGGUGAUUAUUAUGCACGCAGGUGGUAGUGGUGGCUUCGUUCCAAAUGUUAUGAAGAUAUACCCAGUGUCAAAAUCUAAGGUUACAGAGGACUAUCAUCAAAAUGUUGAUGGAGAUUCAUACAUGCGGUGGUGGAGAAAUUUAAAUGAACAAGUGCAAGAAAAUUACGGAUCAUGCAUUAUUGUCAUUGAUAACGCCCCUUACCAUAGCACACUUAAUGCCCCGAAAUCUUCUUCGAAGAAACAGGAUAUGUACGAUUGGCUAGAGGAUAAUAUUCCAUUAUCACGUAGGUCAGAGUUAAAGCCCAUUGGAGAUAUGCGCAGACCGGAAUUAUGGAACCUGGUACAGGGACUCAAAUCCGUUAAUAACUACUACGAAGUAGAUCAGGAGGCACUAAAGUAUGGAAAUAUUGUUGUGAGGCUUCCACCCUACAAUUGUGACCUAAAUCCUAUCGAGUAUGUUUGGAAGGAUAUCAAACAUGCUGUACGAUGCGCAAAUUUUUUAGCCACAUCAGAAUUCGCACAGCGCGAAGCUGAGAGAAUAAUGGCGUCGUAUUCUCCGGAACAGUGAAAAAAACAUAUUGACCAUGUGCUAAGGCUAGAAAAUAAGUACUGGGAGGAGGCGGGCUUAUACGAGCGCUUAAUGGAUGGCCUGGAUGCAAUUCCAGAUGACCAACGAAUAACGAUUACUGGUGAAGACCAGGACGAUGAUGACGACGAAAUUGAUGUUAUCGAUCCAUUUAGAUUUGAUGUUCAUGACGAUAACAUCUCACAGGAUGAAGUUUCAAUUUUUUCAGAAACUUCCGAAGAUUCUAAUGCGGCACCGGAACAUAUGCAGACCUCACGAAGGCGCCUUCACUUAGAUGACUGUUAAUUGAACUCGGAUUUAUAAUGCAUAUAAUACUAAUUCUGCAAAUAAAUUUUAACAAAACUAAUAUGAGU